GCCACGGUGACGUCACUCUGAGUAGUGUAGUGCAGUGAGGAGGAGCCAAGUAAGCUCCGUUCGUAUUAUAUGUCCGAGUGUGCAAAACGAGUGAAUUUUCAAGCGUAUGUACUGUUACGAUCUCUUUCAACGACGACACCUUCAGUGCGAGUAAGCUCAUUACGUGCGUAAUCAGCCCACAUAUACACGCGUGUACGAACGUGCGUGGCAUUCGGGUAUUGUAUGGUAUACAUACACGUUCGUUGGAAGCCGCGCGCCGAAAUUCUUUUAUCGCGUCAUCGCCGGUUUAAUCCUCACGUAAGAGCCCCCUCGACGUUCCCGCUCAGAGGAGGCAAAGCGCGGGAGUAUCCACGGUGUAGAUGUAUCGGUAGAUCUUCAAGUAUAAUACGUGCGUGGUACGUGAUGCUUCGGGCCGCGACAAAUAUAGAGGCAGUGGUGUGAAAAAAAAGAGAAGUAAAAUUACCCUGGAGUGAAUAUAUACUCGGAAUACAGGGUGUAUAUGUAUAUGCGUUGCAAUACGUGCGUAUGUACAUGUAUCCCGAAUGCAUGCGUGUGUAAGACGGGCGUAUAGAUGUGCACGGUACACAGUGCCGUGGUCGUUUCGCUUCUCGGAUAGGAUUUGCUGCGCGAGGUACAAAGCAGUCGGCGAGAGGAAGAGGAAACGACUGUGCCGUUUCGCCGCGUUCGAAUUGAUUCGCGUUAUCAACAGUGGGUCACACAUUCGCGACGCGCGCGCGCGCGCGCCCCGACACUCGGAAAGAAAGAACGAGAAAGAGUUCUCUUCUUUUCGCGUGCAGCAGGCCAGCCUUGAUGCGCCGUGUCGUCGUCGUGCCGUGUGUCGUCGUGUCGGGUCCGUGCCACGUGCUGUGCCGUGCUGUGCCGUGACGUGACGUGACGCGACGCGACGUGACGUGGGCUGUGUCACCCCGGCUCCGGAGCAAAGCGAACCGUGCGUGUUAAAAGAUCGCAGCAUCGGCAAUACGAACGCGAGUGAACGUGAGAGUCGAGAGAGAGAAAGAGAGAGAGACAGAGAGAGAGAGAGAGAGAGAGAGAGAAAGAAAUUGCGAGGCUACUGCCGCGAGAUGGAUCACCCGUGCUGUAUCGCGCCGGGUGGAAGUGCUCGUGUGACGUGACGUGGUGAUUACGAGAAGAAGCAAUAUUCCCCAUAUCGCGAUUCAGUGAUGUACCAUGUGGUGGGCUUCAGCGAUCUUGAUCCUCGCAAUCAUCAUUACAAUCAGCGGUGCCCGCUAUCUAGGCUCCCGUUUUCCGUCCUCUGCCGCCAUCAGUUACUCCUGCUCCUCUUUCACCUCCUCCGCGUCGACGUGUCCGCUGUACGUCGCACAGCGAAAGUUUGAUCACGAGGAUCCCCUCGUCGUCGUCAUUGUCGAUUUUAUAGUGGCGAACGUCGCAGCCAUCGCUGCCGUUAUCGUUAACGUUGCUACCAGAACGCAUGCACGAGCGGUCGUUCUUCCAACGUGCCGCAUCCUCGACGACAGCGAUCACCCCAUCUGCACGGCUCGCCUUUUCCUGGCUACUGACUAGUGAUUAAUCGUUUGCCUGUCUGUUGCAGCAGGAAGACGGAGGAAUGUGCGGAUACCGUGCGAGUUAAAGUAAACAGAGCGGCGAGUGACAAGUGCAAAAGAGGGCGGUAUAUAUAUAUAUAUAUAUAUAUAUACAUAUAUGUAUAUAUACACAUACAUAUGCAUACAUAGUUUUCGGGAGCGAGUUUUUUUUUUACUCCACCGUGGGAGAGUUUCAACCGUUACUGCGUUCCAUUUCGUUACGGUGGAUGUAACGUGUAACAAUCGUGCUGGUCCGACCCGUGUACGUUUCGUGCGUUAAUUCCUCGGUAAAGGAAAUAAAAGAAAGAAAGCGAAGGCAGAAGUUACUAUCUUUGUGCUGUGUACAAUUCAUCUCUACCUGGACGGAGAUAAAGCGAAAACAGAGGCGAAGGAGAUUGGAGGCCGAGUUCCUAAGGAGAGAAAGGAGAAGAGAAAAAAAAGCGUGCGAACCAACAGCUUGUUCGUCGAGUUGUCCGAAAAGUAAUUCGCGUCGCGUGUGUUUGGUGUAGUGUGCGGUGAUUACUAUCGCCGGUCGAGGUUGUGUGUCGUUGUACAGUGCCUCCAAACGAUACCACAACAUCCGGUUCCAAAUGAAGAGUUCGGAGCAAAAUGGUUAGAGAGACACGUCACCUGUGGGUUGGAAAUCUGCCGGAAAACAUCCGUGAGGAUCGCAUCAGGGAGCAUUUCAAGCGGUAUGGACGCGUGCAGAGCGUCAAGCUGUUGCCACGGGGUGAAGAAUGCCCCGUGGACGGAGGUUCCAGUGGUUCCCUCGGCGAGGGCAACGAGGGCGGUUCCGGUUCCGGAGGCGGUGGCGGUGGUGGCGGUUCCUCUACCAGCUCGGGGGGUGCCUCAGCGACGGUGGCGUUCAUGGAUAUCAAGUCUGCAGCGAAGGCUCAUGCGACUGAGCAUACGUUGGACGAACGAGCCCUUACCACACAGUACUACGAACCACAGCAUCUUCAGCACAGGUUUCCAUCUCACGGAAGUUCGGAGGAUCAUGGACCCGGCGGCGGUAGCGGGAGUGGAGGAGGCGGAACAGGCAACGUUUCCGGCGGCAGCGGUGGCGGAGGUGGUGUCGGGAAUACCGGUACCGGCGUCGGUGGUAGCGUCGCCGGAAGUGGAGAGCGAGAGAGGGGUGGCGAGGGUUUUGACUCACGUGGCUUCUACGGUAGCGAGAGAAGCAACCGGGUUGGCACCGGGAGCGGCAGCGGCGUCAGCGUCGGCGUCGUCGGCGGUGUCGGCGGCGGCGGUGGCGGCGGCGUCGUCGUUGGCGGUCAUCCGACGGAUCCUUCGACGGGGGAUCCUGUCGGCGGCUACAUACCCCGCGGCCGUCCACCACCUGCGAGUUCUUAUCACGUGACAUCGAGCAGGGCGAGGGAUCGGCUCUAUCCAAGGACCGGCCCGUAUGUCUCUGACCGGCCGCCGCCCCCGCCCCAUCUAGAUCGUCAUCGUGGUAGCUUGCCUCCAUCGUCCUGGUCGACUUACGAGUCGACGAGCUCGAGAUACGGCAAUGCACCACCACCACCCUCGCCUGCCACCAACGACGCUUACCAAGACGAGCAAGGUAAUUGUCACCUACCGAUGUUGAAUCGCCGCGGUAACUAUCCCUUACCACACACCUUCGCCCACAAAUAUCGAUAUCGAGGUGGUGGCGGCGGCGGUAGCGGCAGUAGCGGUGCUUUGCGACAACACAAAAAGCAACGCAGAAAAUCGCGCAGCGGGAGCAGCUCGCCGAGUGGUAGUAGUCGUUCCGGAAGUAGCAGUAGUAGCCGGAGCGGUAGCUCAGGCGGCAGUACCACUGGUGGUAGCACAUCGCCUGGUAGCUCACCCUAUCGCACCAGCAAUGUUGCCGUUACAGAGGAUCGCCGAGCGCUAGCCAUUUGCGUAAGGAAUUUACCAACACGUAGCAGUGAUACCUCUCUCAAGGACGGCCUCUUUCACGAGUACAAGAAACACGGCAAAGUGACGUGGGUGAAGGUCGUAGGUGUAGCCGGCGACCGAUAUGCCCUCGUGUGCUUUAAAAAACCCGAGGAUGUCGAAAAAGCCCUCGAGGUCUCGCAUGAUAAACUCUUCUUUGGUUGCAAGAUCGAAGUGGCUCCUUAUCAGGGCUACGAUGUCGAUGACAAUGAGUUCAGGCCGUACGAAGCAGAACUCGACGAAUACCAUCCGAAGGCAACAAGAACGUUAUUUAUCGGGAACCUCGAAAAGGAUGUCACGGCAUCCGAGCUCAGGAAACAUUUUGAACCAUUUGGUGAAAUAAUCGAAAUUGACAUAAAGAAACAAGGCGCCGUAUCGAGUUAUGCUUUUUGUCAAUAUUCGGACAUCGGUAGUGUUGUUAAAGCCAUGAGAUCCAUGGAUGGUGAACAUUUAGGUACGAAUCGGAUUAAACUCGGAUUUGGAAAGUCGAUGCCCACGUCCUGCGUUUGGGUUGAUGGCAUUGGAGAUUGCAUGUCCGAGAAAUACCUAAACAUGCAGUUUCAUCAGUUCGGGCCGAUAACUCAGGUAGUGGUGGACCGCGAGCGCGGUCAAGCUUUGGUCUUUUUCGACCAAAUAAACUGUGCUCAAGCCGCCGUGAAAGAAAUGCGAGGAGUCGUACUUCGGGGCCGUCGUUUGCAGGUUGAUUUUGCGUCACGAGAAUGUCAGGAAACAUUCUAUGAACACCUCGAACGUCAAGGAAACACUAGCGAAAAACCUUGGGACUCAAGACCUUCGCCAGCAUCGUCGUUUGAUGUGACGUACACGAGUCAUAAUCGAGAGCUUAAAACAAGUGCAUUCGUGAUUCGAAGGAUUCCUUCUAGGCGGGAGCGCGGUAGCUUCGACUCGGCGGUCACGGUAUCAAGUUCGUGCAGCCGAUUCACACGCUAUGACACGCCCCCGCGAUCAAGAACAGCGAGCUAUUCGCGAACCUCCGGAGGGAGUACUCCGGGCGCCAGUCCAGCUCAUCCGACGGCGAUGUCGCGAACCAGCAGACGGUCUUACCAAGAUUCAUACUACGACGGUGACUAUGGUGAACCGACGUCGCGUCGAUUCCGUAGUUACGACGAGUAUAGUCAGGGCAGCGGUGCAAGUCACGACGACUAUCAAAGCAGUGUUCUCAGCGACGGCAAGCUCAACGACGACGACUGUCCGCCACCGUCGCGACGUCACGCAGUUCAAAGUGUUGUCACGAGCGUCGAUCCACCUGCACCACCACCACCGUUAUUACCUCCACCUGACAUCCGGCAUCUCCAGAAAGAGCGUGUCCACUUGUUGGAGCAGCUUGAGGAGUGCCACAGUAGCGGCGACGAGGUCGGAUUCGCGCCAAAGAAACGCACGAAACUUGAUAGCUCGUCGUCGACUAUACUCUGCGAAGAUGACGAACCGGAAAUCGCGUCGUUACUCGUCACCUCGCAUUCUAGUAGGAAAGGCAUGGACUUUAGACGCGUUAGUGAUAGUAAAGUAGUGGUACAUCAUAGCACGAGAAGAAGUAGUUGCGAGGGCAGAGGUCCUGGGCCAUGUAAACGUCGUCGGGAUGCUACUAGCAGGCAUCACGAACAUCAUGAUGGAUCUCGACCAGGUACCCCUCUUGUCGACGAACGGCCGGAGAAUUUGGUGCCUAGCGAACCGAGACGAUUUAGAGAGAGGAGCCACGAGGGUCCAUUGUCGCUACCUUUACCGAGGUUCGCGGCUCAAAUGUUAAACAACAACAAUAACACGAGCAAUAGCAAUAAUAAUAACGGCAGUGGCGCUCGGUCGAGCGGUGCCAGUCUCGCGAAAGUUGCUAGUCCGCCGUGUGCCAGCUUCUCUACGGCGCCCAGUCCACGUGCCGCUCCGCAACCACCAGCUUCGCCACCUCCCAGACAUCCCAGCUCAAGCCCGACCAGUUCCGACAGUGAGACAGCACCGCAGUCCCCUAGUCUGGAAGAGAGAAUACGUUCUCUGGAUGAAAAGUACGAGAAGUGGUCUGGUUCCAGAGCGUUGAGCGCCGUCGGUGGCGACGCUCUGGCGAAGCUCGAUGCGAGUACUUCGGAACGAUUUAAAUUUCGGCAUAAAUUGCUUGACAUGGCUUUACACGAAGUACAACCUUCUGACAUCGUAAAAUCAGUCCUUGCGAAAAGAAGCGUGUUUGACGAAGAUUCGAAGCGAUUGGAGAACUAUAGUGAAAAGUACGAACCGCGAGAGUUCACCGGUAUUAUCGGCAUCGGAUCGGUUUCGAUGAUCGGUAGCACCGCUGGCCUUACCACUAGCAGUAGCUGUACCAGCAAAGUUUGCCUACAGUAUCCGUUUCCUAGUCAUCCGCCGGUACAACUAAGCAGUAGUGGUACGUCAAUUGCCAAUAUGGUCGGCGCCAACACGUCGUUAUCCACAAGUCUGACCCCGACGACGACUAUAGUCACGUCGGCGAUGAAGACCGAUCCGCGGAUAGCGCAGCACAACUGUAUACACCCAACACCGGCGACGCCAAUCACUCCCGGUACAUCUAUCAAGACAGUUAGUCCCGAAUUACCACCGGUUUCUCUACCGAUCGGUCUUGGUAGCGGAACGGUAGCCGGUAGCGGUAACGGUAGUCUUCUAAGCAGCAACGGUAGCAUAGGUAGUAUUCACAACCUCGGAGCCUCGACACAUCGGGGAUUGAGCAUUUCUGGAAGCACCGCCUCGCCUACGGCGUCGUCAACAUCGACGUCGUUGACAGACGCCUUCACGACUGUAAUUACAACAACGGCGGUACCUGUUACGACAUCGAGUACGGUAACCUCGUCAGCGACGACGACAACGACAUCCGUGAUAGGUACGACACCUCCCACGACGACUACCAGUUCGAUAGCUCCACCGUCUUCCAUAACAUCCUCAUCUAACUCUUCCUCUUCAUCGUCAUUAUCCACAUCUUCCACAGAUUUGCCUCGUUCUCGUUUGAGGAAGGAGAGCAGCGCUAGCAGUCGAGAGAGUAGAGACUCUCGCGACAGUAAGGAUAGUAGGGAAUCAAAGCAUAAUAAAGGGAAGGAUUGUCAAAGGAGAUCGCGGAAGGAAGAAGUUGAUGUUGAGAGAAGUCGCAAAGAUAGAGACGAGAGAGAAAGUUCGAACGUCGUUAAUGAUAUGGGCGAAACGGAUAAUCAUAGUAAGGAUUUUAAGGAUAACAAGGAACUAAGGUACGAACGGAAAGACCGAGAGGAGAGAAGGGACAAAGAAGAUCGUGACAAGCAGGAUCGGAGGGACAAGGAAGAUCGUGAUCGUCAGGAACGGAAGGAAAGAGAAGAACGUGAAAAGCGAGAAAAAGACGAGGAGAGGCGAGAAAGAGAAAGAUUAGAUAAAGAACGACAAGAGAAGGAUAGAAAAGAACGAGAAGAAAGAGAACGUGAGAGAAAAGAAAGAGAAGAGAAUGAGCUUAAGGAAAAAGAGAGGCGGGAAAAGGAACGUAUCGAACGCGAAAGGAGAGAACGAGAGGAGAAAGAACGGCAAGAACGAAGAGAACGUGAGGAACGUGAGAGGAGAGAACGUGAAAGAAAAGAACGUGAGGAAAGGGAAGAACGUGAGAGGAAAGAACGUGAAAUUCGCUUGGAGCGCGAGAAGCAGGAAAAGGAGCGUCUCAGAAGAGAAAGAGAAGAGCAGGAAAGAAGAGAGAAAGAAGAACGGGACAGGUUAGAACGGGAAAGGAGAAGAGAGGAGAAGGAACGUCUUGAACGAGAGAGGAAGCGAGAGAGGGAAGAGAAGGAGAAAAUCGAACGAGAACGACGGAAGGAGAAGGAAGAACGGGAGAAGAUUGAAAAAGAGAAACGCGAGAAGGAAGAACGUGAACGUCUUGAAAGAGAAAAACACGAAAGAGAAAAACGUAAGGAGCGCGAGGAUCAAGAGAGACGAGAUAAGGAGAAGGCUGAACGUGAAAAAAGGCGAGAUCGUGAGGAGAAGGACAAGGAUAAGAGAGACCGCGACGACAACAGACGGCAACUCUCUCUGCAACAACCCACCGAAAAUCACGUACAUCCUUCUGUCACGUCUCAGUCUCAGACCCAAAUCACUCCUGCACCGGUAUCAAUCAAGCGCAGAUGCUCAUCGCAAGAUGGCCCUCCUGAGGAAGACGCGAAGCGUAUGAAAAUCUCAGACCAUCGACGGGAUAGCAAGGAUCGAUCUCGGCAGAAUAGGAGAUCGGAGGAUCGCAAGCAUCGCAACGAUUCGCAUCGUUCUAGUCGAGAGAGCAGGGAAAGUCGUGACAGUAAAGAAAGCAGUGGCGCGACACAACAGGAUAACAGAGACAGUGUCGGACACAAUGAAUCGACUCGGGAAAAUAAUUCGAGGGACAAUGGUAAGGAGAAACAGAAGGUCAAAAGGAAUCGAUCAGAAAAGGAGUCGAGGGAACGUAGUCCUAGAGUCUCGCACGAACCCGAGAAGGAAUUUUUGUCGAGAUUGGAACUAGCCAAAAACGUCGACUCGAGUUCAUCGAACGAACAAGCUUCGCUAGGCUCGAAUCACACCAGAGAUUCGCAACAUCAUCAACAGCAGCAAUCCACAUUGAACUUGCACAGUGACGUAGACGACGGUCCGCUGUCUACUCACGAAAUACAAGUAGCAAGACAUCCAUCCGCCACCGAUACAGAUAGCGACGAGCCCAAGAAACACUCCAUCUUCGAUAUCGUUGACGACGAGCCUGCCUACAUUAGCAUGUACGACAAAGUGAAGGCUCGUUCAACGAAGAACAUGCAGAAAUUAGAAGAAGAGAAACGUCAAGUGCGUCUGAAAGAUAAAUUUUCGCAGCUGAAGCAAAGUCGCGCGAGGCGAGAGGAAAAGAAACAGAGCACAUCGUGGGAUGGAGAUUCGGUGAGCAGCAAAGCUCUAACUGAAGACGAGGCUACAUCCGAAUCAGACUCGACGAGAACUAAAUCUCUUUCCAGAAAAGGCUCACGAUCACGGAUUCAUUCAGACACCAGCGAAGAAGAGGAGCCAUUUAACAACAAGGUUCGCAAGGCGGUUGUAAAAUCAGAGAGAUUCUUAGAAAGCGACGUCGAUCUCGGCUUCGCCGACACCGAAGAGAAACAGAAUCGGCUGGAGGUCUCGAGUGUCAUCGUGAAUAACGUGCAUGCCACCAUUAAAGAAGAACCCCGCACUUCUGACGAAGAUGAGAAGAUAGCAAUCGGAUUCCGCAGAAAUCAUCCAAUAAUAGAGGUGAUCAAUCACGAAAGAGAUUCGCGAAAGAAAUCGCACAAAAAGAAGCAGAAACGUCAGAAAAACAGCAUCUCACACGAGAACAGUCUGAAGGUGGAACCAGCGGACAAUACAGAACAAAAGAGUAAAACCAAUGUCAUCACGACACCAACUGAUUGUCGGCCGAAUCACGGUGCGGAACUUGUUACCACUACUUCUGUGACGACCAUUGUCGCAACGUCUUUGGAGAAUGCCGAGGAGAGACUGCGAGUAGACAAGAAGCAACGUAGUAAGAAGGAUAAGAGACGAGAUCGAAAUGGAGAAGACAAAGCUAAGGCGAGGCGGAAGAGGCUCAAUCGGCAAGAAGCGAGAGAUUCCCAACGCAUGGAGGACAUCUUUGGCCCACUCUCAGACGAUGUUGACGACGGUCCAACAUCUAACACUUUCUUCAACAGAUUUGGCAACAUGACGUCGGAGAAUAGCGUUUACGCGUCGGACAGCGAUGGUGGUCGCAGCUCGCUUGAUAUGGACCGAGUAAGACGAAAGACAGAAAAGAAACGGCGUCAUCAGCCGGAGGACGAGAACAGCGUCGAUUUAGCUGAGGCUGGCCGUGAAAUUGAAGCGAAACUUUUAGGUAUUCCGAGUUCUCCAAAAGUCGCAGUCGCGUGCAACGAGCCCAACGAUCAUGACGUUUUUCGAUUCACCGACGACAAUGACAGUAUCGAACCGUCCACGCCUUCGACUGUACCGGAAAAGGUUAAAGAGAAGAAGAAGAAGCGGAAGAGGUCGAAGGAGGAACGUAGUCGGAAAGACUAUCAUCAUCACCAUCAUCAUCAUCAUCACCAUCACGAGAAGAGCGGUGAAUUGCCUUAUUUGGGCGCCGAACCUAGUCCACCGAGGGCGAGUAGUCCGUUAAUAUCUAAAACGACGUCGCCCACCUUGCCCACGCCUAGAGAGACUCUGCUAAGCCCGAUACCUAAAGCAACCUCCAACGUAUCAACCGCAUCAUCGAUUACUCCACCGGUCGUCAGUAGUAUUCAAACUCCCAAACUCGAGAAGAAAAAGGAUAAGCUUAUACCCGGCUUUGGAAUCGAAAUCGACGAGGCUAUCCACGAGAACGCCGUGAAAAGUAUUUCGGAACCUGAUGAGAGAGACGGUAGUCAGUCUCGCACCGGCAGAGAGGAGCCGGAAGUACCUGUAGCAACGACGCCGCCAACUCAGAACGAGGACAAACCACGAGUAGCAAUAUCUCAAGAAGAAACGGAGGAUGCGGUUGCUGCGUUACUCGAGGAAACGUUCGGUGCCUCAACGGAGGACUUCUCUUACGAAGGCGAGGAAGAGGAAGGAGAAGCGGACGGGGUUACCGGGGCUGCGACCGAAGCACCUCAAGAGGAUGUCGAGGAGAUGCAGCAAGCCGUCGAGAGUCUCAACGCUUCGACAGGAGAAGGCGACGCGGAUCUGAAGCCGGAUACGCCGCAAAGCGAGCAUGAUCUUCAAAUCGACACAGACACCGACCAAGAAGACCCGAAUUACGAAACGUUCGACCUCACGCAACCGCCGAAGACACCAGACAUACCGUCCUUCUACAAAUCUCCGACAAAGACCUUGAAUAUGACACCUGUCUUGACAGCUCCCGAGAAGCCAAUCGAGAUGCGACUACCACCAGCUGCAGUGACAAAGCCACAAAGUCCGCCGCCGAGUUCUGUGAUUGCUCAUUCAUGGAAUCUGAAUGAGCACAAGCCUCGCGAGCCUGCGAGAGCUGCACAAGUAGAAACUGUCGCAGAAUCGGGCGUAGAUAUCGCCGCCAGUCCGGAGAGGAUAUCGCAGAUCGAUCAAGAAUCUCCAUUACUUCCACCGUCUCAAUACAAGCAACCUAUGCUGGGACCUUGCACUGUACCAAUUACGAGCGAGGUGCCGAAACUGUCUGCCACGAGUCCACGACCAUCACCGGUCACGGUGCAGCCUCUAUACCAAAGACUUCCUGUAUCACCGCAGUCUCAAAUGGUGCCGUCGAUGCGACAGGCUUCACCCAAAACGCAGAAUGUCGUGACAGUUUCCUCUUCUGCCUCUACCACCAACACGACAACGCCAUUACCACAGUUAGGACCGUCAAGAAUACCACCUCUGGUACCGUCGCAGUUGUCGCCGCGUGUCUCUCAGCCACUCUCGCCGAACGGCCAAUGGUCACGGAAUCCUACGAUGAAUCCUCAUGGACCUAAUGUUAACAAACCAUCGCCCCCGACCGCCAGGAUAGCAGUGUGCGUGCCCAUUUCCGCUCAGAGAUUGGAGGCGCCGGUACAACAGAUUUACUCGACUGCGGCAACGCAACAGCCGGUGAUUCAACAUGCUUCGGGAAUGUUGGCACCCGCGUCUGGAUAUCCUCGUGGCGGUUUGCCACCGUUGACUCUGAAUAUCCCGUCUCGACCUUUCAUGCCGGUAUCGCCAUUGGCGCCUGGCAUGCAGAUAAAGAGCUCUCGGGACUCUUCCCUGAGCGUCAAGUCCGUGAUAGAAACAUUACUCCCUGUAAAUCCGAACGAACCGCCGCAAAGAUUGGAAGAACCGAAAUUAUCACCCGCUAUUAUACCGGAGCCGACCAACAAAGCGUCUACCUCCCCUAAGGUUCCGUCACCGAACCAACCACCUACAUAUAUACCUGAGACGGCAAAGAUCGAGAUCAACGCCAGUACGUCCAGCCCUGUGUUCGGCAAACCAUCCUGUGUCAACGAUAGUUACAUGUUAUCGUCUCGGACCCAGAAACAAAUUCCCGUUUCUAUCACGACGGACAGCAAUCUGCUGUCGCCGAGACAGAAGCAAGAAUUGUCGAAUCUUCAGCUUCUCACUACGCAUGUACCACGCUCCUCCACACCCAGUCCCGUGAUCGUGGCUCAUGGCCAAUCUCAUUUGUGCCACAAGCCCUUGCACACUCUGGGCCCACCUAUUGUCUCUUCUCCGAAUCAACCAUUGAUAAAAACUGUCGUACCUAUCGUCUCUCAGCAAAUAACGCCGCACACGCCGAGCACACCGUUACCCAAUGAGAAGUGUGUCAUUUCGCAAACAUCGCUGCCUCUGCCUUGUUCAAGACAGUCGCCUGUUUCCCAAAGUCAGCUGGUCAAGUCUCACGUAGUGCCUCUAGUAUCUCAGACCGUGUCACAGACGAUCAUAGCCAGGGUGGUGCCGUCGAUAUCAACUGCAUCGACACCACCGAUGAAUGAACAAGUCACACCUGAAUGCUUGGAAUCACGUAUCACGCAAGCUCAACAACUGGAAUUGGAUGCUGAAGCGCAGAUCGGUCAAACGGCUCAACCGAUGCAACUUACACCACCCGUACAAUCAACGCAACCAAUCGACGAGAUAAAGCAAGAACCCGUCGACGUCAAAGAAGAAAACACGAUGAAUGAGAGCAAAUAUAACGUGGAAUUUGAGAAGCCCUUGAAUCAGCCUUGCGCAGAAGACAACGUGAAACCCAAGCAAGAGAAACAGGAGAUAAUCAAGACGGAAAUUACGCCUUGUGUUCCCAAAGUCGAAGUUGCCGAUACGAUUGUACCGAAACUCGAGGCGCAAACUCCUAUAAAAACGGAAGCUACUAGCGAUAUUAAAGAAGAAGACAUUGCGAAAGAGAACGACGAAAUGGAGUUAGAUGAAGAAUCAGUAGAAGAUCCGUUGAAAGAGCCGAGCACAGAUCCUCUCGCUAUCGAUCCGAAGGAAGAUGCGACCGACAGUAAAGAAGACAGCGACUACUGGUCCGCGAAGGAAGUGAACAUCGAGAGUGUCAUCAAGAAAGUCGACGCUCUGUGCGAUGGCGAGGGCAACGACGCCGACGACAGCACUCAACCGACCGAGAAUGUCAACAGCGACUCACACGACACCAGCAAGAACGAGUCGGAUUGGUUCGACUCCGAGACAACGGAAAACGAGAAUAAAAAGAGUUUUACAACUACCGACGACCACGACGAAGGCGUGGAGACGUGUGAGAACGAAUCCACGCGGAGUCGUCGUGGUAGGACGAAAAGCAGACGCGGCUGCCGCGGUGGAGUCACCACCAGGCGAGGUGGCAGGAACGCCACCGCCGCGGUCUCUCACAGACGCGGCGGUAGAAGCCCUCGGGGUAGCAAACAUCACGUUGAGAAGAACAAAUUGCCGGCCGAUGUUUACGAGUUCCAUGACGACAGCGAGGAGGACAAUGCCGGUCGUCCGCGGUUGAUUCUCACCAUCAAAUCUCCUGGACCAAACGUGAGCGGACCGAACGCACAGCCGCCAACACCCGUGGCUGCGGUAAAGGAAGUACCGCCGGAAGAGUUCGUCUCCCCGGCAGCCAACACGAGAAAGUCCCGAAGAUUGGCGGAGAAAGACGGCAGUCGGAAUACGGUCGACGAUGUCAUUGAGGAUGUCGUUCGUGGAUCGCCCGUACAUAAAGGCUUGGCUGGUGCUACCACUCACGCCACCAGACGAAGUACUCGACACAACAACUCACCACGUAAUGUACAAACGGCGCAGCAGCCAACGAUGCCGUUGACGGAGCUUCGUAAGUCGCCUAGAGGUGGCCGCAAAGCGACGAGACGAACGUCUGAAAAUAACGACGAUAGCGGAGAGGAAAAACCGAAGGAAGCAACCACGGCAGUGGUGGCAGCACCGCGCGAGGAGACUCCAAGCAAGGAAGAGACAAAAUUGGCCGAACCGGAAAGCCCGAAGACGGAAGAACCAGCUCCACCCGUUACACCAACGCCGCCCCAGAAGAAAGUCUCGCUUGAACCGAUGACGUUGAUCGAUCCAGUUACGGGUGAUCUCAUUCCGAUGAGGGAAUCCGAGGAAGGUCAGUAUAUACCAGUGUCCACGACAUCCGGCCAAGCGCAAACCACUACACAAACUAGAACGCAAGGUGAAUCACGAAACAGUGGAACGAUCAGCAAUCCAAGUAACGAAACGCCACGAGCGAAACCCGCUUCUUCUGAAAGUACUUUAUUAGUCCCGCCAGAACCGAAGAAGGAAGUUGUAGAGCAUACACCUUGUCAACCUCCCGCGGUACCGAUCCAACAACAAAAGCAUCAAAUACAGCAACAGGUUCAACCGCAAACUAGCGUAAUUACGAAACCACAAUCUCCAACGGUGCAGGUCACUUCUACCAUUACCAUCGCACAACAAUCGACACCGUGCACGACUAUCACUACCGUGGUAACCGCGCCGACUAUAACGGCGGCGCAAACGGUGCUCACUUGUUCCUCGCAGGCAAUGAGCUUCAAAGCGCAUAUGCUGAACGUCAACAAGCUAGCAAAUCAACAGCAGGUCGUUGUGACCAAACCAGUGGCCCCGAUCGUACCCAGUCAAACGAUAGUACAGAAUAUCGUCAAGCCGCCCGCGCAAACGAUACAGCAAGGCCUGAAUCUGCAGAUACCACCUGGCAGAGUCGUGUCACCCAGCUUGAGCCCGCGCACGAAACAGGCGACGCAAUUGGCGGUUGCUAAUGGAAAACAAGGUCAACCCAUGUCUCCUGUGCUCAAUAACACCGGUGCACCACCUAAUCCCAAGCAACACUUGCUACAAGCCGCGAAACAACAAACGUCAACGAUCGUAAACAUGCCGCAGAAAUUGUCAUUACAUUCUGUCAACGUGAACCUUGUCACUCCAGCACCGAGAAUUCAUCAACCAGUCUCGCAAGCAACCACUCUCAAGGGCAUCAAUGGACAACCUCAUCCGCUCAAUCCGAAAACACAUUUACUACAGGCCGUAGUUCCGACGAUGGUCACCGGAACGGUAGCGAGUUCCGUCACGCAACCUCAUCUCGUCAACCCACAGUCGAUUGCAGGCAGCGUGAGCUGUGGCCGACCUUCAGGAACACCGAAACCUACCGCUGGAACGAUGGAACCGCAGAAGAUGGAAGUACCAAUGUCUGGUUGUAUCAUGGUGCCAACUGCGAGCGCGCAACCUCGUAGUGUACCAAUGCCAUAUGAAGCUCCGCUGCAUGGCAGUGCGGGCGCCACUCCACCAGGAAGUCAGUACAGUCUUGUUCCCCCGCAUCGAUCUCAGAGUCCUCCAUUGCCUCCACCUGCUCACCAUCAUACCAAUGCUUCCCAGGGUGAUGUCGUUAACCAUUACGGAGGACUGUCUCGCGGUGGAGAGCUGGCACCUCAUUACAUGUUUCAAUAUCAGUAUCUACGUGCGCAGGAAGCAUUGGCAACACCUCGCAUAGCUUAUCACAUUCCAGGAACAAGAUCUCCACACGUACCCUUAGAUCCCAAGCUUGAGGGCGGCAUAGAGGACAGCCACAGUCCUCCUUUGGAACUAAGACGGGCGACAAGAACACCGCAGGAACGUACCACCGAUAGUCCACAAGUUGCUCAAGUUUACAUGUUACACGGAGCAAUGCGCUUACAACCCCCGCCGCAGUACAAUGCGGGAAGUAAUCCGUCGCUGCCUGGUGCACCAGCUGGUGCUAGAACAACAUAUUACGACCCACCGCCCGCGCAUAUACGUUCUCAAUAUCCUAUGACCGCCAGCGAGGCGCCGACCGAUAGAGCGAUUACUCCGGACAGAUCCAGAAAACAUCAGGUUGUCACACCGCCGCACGCGUCUCAGGUGCCUCCGCAAGCGGACUCAUUUCAGAUGCUGCUACAACGUUACCCAGUUAUGUGGCAGGGUCUGUUAGCUCUUAAAAACGACCAGGCCGCGGUACAGAUGCACUUUGUCUUCGGUAAUCCUAACGUAGCCAGAGACAGUCUGCCGUGCAAUAGCGACGGAUCCACUCCACCGUUAAGGAUAGCACAAAGAAUGAGAUUAGAACAAACUCAAGUAGAGGGUGUAGCAAGAAAAAUGCAGACUGACAACGAACAUUGUAUGCUGUUGGCACUUCCUUGCGGCCGUGACGAAGUAGAUGUGUUGCAACAAAGCAAAAAUCUUCAAACAGGUUUCAUUAUGUAUCUUCAACAAAAGCAAGCUGCUGGAAUCGUUAACAUUGCUGCACCGGGCUCGCAGCAGCCAGCGUAUGUAGUUCACAUUUUCCCGUCUUGUGAGUUUGCGAAUGAGAGUUUGGCAAGAAUCGCACCCGAUCUACUUCACCGUGUCGCAAAGAUCGCUCAUUUGCUAAUCGUCAUUGCUACGGUCUGAGGACGAUCAGUGACCACUUAUUGGAUUAUACGAUCUAUCCAUGUCCUUACAUACCGCGGGACACUUCGCAUGUGGCAUGAAGCCUAGAAGUGUCCGUCUAACGCGCACAUAAAGUUGUGCAAAGAUCGAAGACAGGAAGAAAAGAAAAUAAUAGAAGGCAGGGAGAAAGAAGAGAUGCGUUCGAAACAAAUGAGAGCUCCUUUAUCCGGAGUCGUAUUAGUGACAAUCAAAUGGAACCCAACGCUACGCCGAUCUUAGAUCGUAGGCCUAAAGCGAGGCACGAGGUUGUGCGAUGGAGAGAGGCUAGCACGAUUAAUACGCCGGUAUCAUCGCGCGUGCCUCCCUUCCAAUGGAUUCGGGCGCAAGCAAGCUCGUUUUUCUUUUUUUCGGACGACUUGUAACUCGCGUCGAUUACUGACAGUCGUUUGUGGGAUCGACCGACAUCACUCUUGGUCUUUCUGACAAGCAGGUCAGGGCACAACCCCCACAGCCUUCAGACGAGACCUUCGAUUCAUCACUCGCGAUCAGUCCACGAAACUACUCACGUUCGUUCUUCUCGUAGAGGAAAAACCAGUUAAAUAACCGUUGCUCUAGAGGGACAGUCAAAUCCGUAAAUAAUGGUUAGGAUGAAAUAACGUAAAACCCUACAUCAUUACACACGAGCUAUUUUAAGUAAGGCUUGAACGUUAAUGAUAAAACUGUAUAAAUUAUAAGCAAGCCAGCGAGGGCAUAACUACUGUGAUUUUAAUUAUUUAACGAUACAUAACUGCGUUACGAGGCAGAAAACAAAAGUAAAACAAUAUAAGGGUGAUCGACUAAUGCUCUGUGAGGUAUGUGAUGUGUUUUUUGUAUGAUACUGCUCUAUAUAAAUAACUAUGUAUUAUAUUAUUAUAACGAGAUAGUUGCUGCUACACCCCUGUUUCUGCCGCGCCGCCGCCACCGCUCGUGUCGAAUUAGAAUGUAAAUCAUAAUGCUAGACCUUUAACAUAAAUGCGAGAAAAAUGGGCUAUACCGAAUAGAAUUUGUCCCUAGUGUAUCAUAAUUUUGCAUAGCAGGCUGUAACAUAUUCUGAAUUAUUACUAUUAUAUUAUACUUUUAAAGAACGCAUACAUCAUACAUUUUGCAAAAAAAUUUAUAGAAUAUUCUAAUUCUGAGCCUUCGUGAUUAUGGUUAUUACGAUCCAUAUGAAUAUCACUUAUUUUAUUACAGUUAUGAUUAUUAUUAUUAUUAAUAUCAUUAUUACUGUUAUUAUUACGACUACUAUUACCAAUGCUAUUGCUACUAUUACUACUAUACUAUUACCACUACUCUACUACUCUACUAUUACUACUACUAUUACUACCACUACUCUACUACCACUAUUACCGCUGCUAUUAAUUAUUAUUAACGUUAUUACAGCAGGCUAGCUAUAUAUAGGAGGGCGUACCAAUUCGCAUAUUUAAGGACAAAUGGGGCUUAUUUGUCAUACUGGAAAAAAAAAUAGUAUGACCGAUCUCAUUGACCAUUGACGCCGCCCCAUUUUACACACUUCCAUCCUAUUACACCCCAUCCCUCGUCACGCUUUGACUUUGUCAUGCGACGACGACUCAUAGACUCUUUAGCAUUCGUGUCCGAGAUAAUAAAAUGCGCUUAUGUGUAUAGACCAGAAAAGUUACAUUAUAUCACACCAAGCCGUGAAAAAAACAUUUUAGGUAAAUUAAGGAAACCUACUUACAAUAUUAUGCUGCUGCGCGUAGGACGCAUGCCUCUAGAAGAGUAAUCUUAUGCAGAACUAUUGGGGAUCGACAAAACACCGUGCGACCGUGUUUUAAUUUUUUGCCGAAUAAUGACAGCAGUUCGACGAACGACGACUACUUUCACCAAACGUAUUUAAUUUUUUCCCUGAACAUCCGAUAUUUUAUUUAAAUCACUCACAGUGCAUAGUCAGUGGCAGGAAGAUUGCAGCACUUUUUUUUAACGAGUUUUGCAACGCAUCCAAUGGAAGAAUAUGUUUUUUUAAUGAGUUUCUUAAACAAGCUUCAGGAGUGAAUAUGGUAUGGUGAAUUUAUUAAUUUUAUUCCGAUCAUUGUCGAUAGCGACACAUCCAAGUGCUGUCGCUCCUGUUCUGUCUAUCCCCGAAACAUAAUUACUUUAAGGCAGCGCGAAUACUCGCGGAGCGUGUGUAUGUACAGUGUAAAAGAUGCGUUGUGGAUAUGUACAGUGUAGAGGUAUAAUUGAGCAAGUGAAGUGAUAAAAAGGAAAAAAGAAGCGCGUAUAUAUUAUAGCUAUGAAUAAGUAUAAUAAGGCGGGAGCGUGCGCACGUGUCGCGCAACGUGUUGUUUAUUUUGCGACGGAAAACUCCACGUUCUUCCGUUCCAUUCUGUUCUCCCUUUCUGCAACCUGUCGUAUUCAUGUAGUAAAAUGCAGGACGAUACGUUUCUUGCACCAGUAUCGUUUCGUGACGCGUGCGUCCGCUGUCGCGCCUCGUCUAUCUUGUAAAAUAUCUGUGAAUAUUAUGAUUUAGUUUCUUCCUAUUUGUAGACAGGUAUGCAAAGAGAUGUUUACGUUAAUCGUUUAAGGAGAAUGUACAGAUACCCACUACCACCUUUUUUUGUUUUGUGUUUUACUGUAGUUAUCGAUAAUUAUAUGGAUAUUAACGAUAAUAAUAACUAUGAUUAAAAAAAAAAACUUAAGCACGGCUCGAUUGCGUCAUUCUUGAAAAACCCGCUAAUGCGCAAUAUUUAUUCUGUGUAAGAGAAAAACUCUUGGUGAUAAUGUAUCAUUUGUAUAUUAGUAAUUACGUGAUCUCCUAAUAAUCGAAAAAAAAAAUGAAACUUGAAUAGAAUUGA